AUGGCCGGCUCGACGCGAUACCUGCGAUACAUCCUCGCCGCCUUUGUGGCGCUGGUCUUCAUCUUUAUCCUAUCCUCAUCAUCGACACGAAGCAUCGGCCAAGAGCAUUUGACAUCUGCAGCGGAAUUGCUCAAGCAACAAGGGAUAUGGAAGGGUUCAGAGUCGCUGGCAGCGGGACAGAAGAGCUCCUUCGCUGAAGACUCAGCCAUGGGCUCGACUGUGAACCCAGCUGUCGGAGGAGUUGUCACUGAUUCUGGAAAAGUCGGAAGCACCAAGGACAACACCUCGCCCAACCCAGGAGUCGGCCAAACUACAUUCCCAUCCACGAAAGCGCCAGGCCCGCGCAUGAACGCUACCUUCGUCACCCUUGCCCGCAACAGCGACGUCUGGGAAAUCUCCCGCAGUAUCCGCCAAGUUGAGGAUCGCUUCAACCACAACUACAACUACGACUGGGUCUUCCUGAACGAUGCCGAAUUCGACGAUCAGUUCAAGAAGAUCACCACUGCGUUGACCUCCGGUAAAGCUAAGUACGGCAAAAUCGACAGCGAGCACUGGGGCUUCCCUGAGUUCAUCGACCAAGAGAAGGCGAAGAAAGUAAGAGAGGACAUGCACGAGCGCAAGAUCAUCUACGGAGACAGCAUCAGCUACAGGCAUAUGUGUCGAUACGAGUCAGGCUUCUUCUUCCGCCACCCGCUGAUGCUUGACUACGAGUGGUACUGGCGUGUCGAGCCAUCAAUCGAGCUCUACUGCGACGUCGCAUACGAUCCCUUCAAGUUCAUGGCCGACAACAAGAAGAAGUACAGCUUCGUCCUCUCCCUCUACGAAUACGUCGAGACCAUCCCAACUCUUUGGGACAGCGUGAAGAAAUUCAUGAAGCAACAUCCAGAGCACCUCUCUGAGGACAACAGCAUGGAGUUCCUGUCUGACGAUGGCGGCGAAACCUACAACCACUGCCAUUUCUGGUCCAACUUCGAGAUUGGCAACCUGAACUGGCUCCGCAGCAAGCAGUACAUUGACUACUUCACAUUCUUGGACAAGGAGGGCGGUUUCUUCUACGAGCGAUGGGGCGAUGCGCCCAUCCACUCCAUUGCCGCAGGCCUCAUGCUCAAGAAGGAGGAGAUCCACUUCUUCAACGAUAUCGCAUACUACCACGUCCCAUUCACGCAUUGCCCGACUGGCGAGCAGAUGCGACUGGAUCUCAAGUGCCACUGCAACCCCAAGGACAACUUCGACUGGAAUGGUUACUCAUGCACCAACCGAUGGUACGACACGAACAAGAUCGCCAAGCCCGAAGGCUACGAGAAGGAGCAGUGA